GCUAUGGUCAUACUUGUAGUUAUCAGCUGUUUUUUGGUGCAUCAUAUUUGAAAAUUGUUGUUCUGCGGAAAAUUAUGGAAAUUGUGGAGUUAAAUGAACCAGGGACAGUAGAAGAAGAGGAUGCCCUCUGGUCCAUCGAGGAUGACACUUUGUUUCAACCAUGUGGCCUAAUAAGCCACUCUUCGACCAGCAACAAUAAAACCAAAUCAGUGUUUGUCACUUGGAACGAAUGCUACUUGAUAAACUAUCGCUUCAAGACGUCUAAGAAAACCAAUCGAAUGGAGAUGACCAAGGUGCGCAUUCCAUUGCCCAACAACAACUGUUAUCUGCGCAGCAUUCACAUGCUCGAGUACAACACACUGUUGCUAAUGUCCGAUGGCCGCGUUCAUUGUUUUGGCUCUAUCAAGUCGCUACACAGCAUCGCCUGGCUAAAAGGCGUUCGUGCAUUCGCCCAGACUCACGAGGGAUUCAGUGUAAUAGCGCAUAACGAGGAGACGCAACAGUUGCUGCUGCAGGUCUACAUGGAUCUUCCCAGCUUAGGCAAAGGAGAGAGCACCCUUCUGCAAAGCUACGACAUCACCUACGAUGAACAGAACAUUUUCCAAUGUGAUUGGCAAAACGAUCAUUAUACUUUGAUGACAGUGACGGUUACCAAAUCACAUGAAAAGUUCAUGCAAUGCUUAUUUGGUGUUGGCGCAAUCGCCGAUAAGCAGCUUCAUAUUUUUAGCAUUGCAGGACAUGUAUUUGUCUUGAUUCCAUACGAUGCAAAUGAGGAUGCUGAUAAGGAGCAGGCCUACAACAUUGAACUUCUCUGCAUUUAUGCCACUUCUGUGGAUUUUAUGCGUCUACUGCCAUCGUUAAACCUAUGUUUGGUCUACCUCAGUUGUGGCAGCGUAGACAUCUGGUAUAUGUCUCAGUUGCUGGGCAUUAAACAGAGACAAAUGCAUUUCACUGGUGCCGAGUGGUUGGAUUACGAUGCCAGCAGUGAUAAUGGAGAUUUUUACUAUACUGAUGGCGAACAGUUGGUGCGCUUGAGAUUCCAGUACGAUGAACAGCUGGAUGAUUGUGUCGUGCAACGCUGUUGCAAGUCUGUGGCAGGAAUGCAAGCCUGCACUUGGGUGCAGCAUAUUGAACAGUUGGUUUGUCUCAGCGACAAUAACAUAUUCUAUCGCAUUGCCUUUAGUUUGCAGCAAGAACAGCAAGCUUCCAGAGAUGACGGUAUGCUCAAUGACUUAACGCCAGCUGCUGUUGAAAGAUUACGUGGAAAUGCUGACGUUUUGGAGCAAUACGAACAGCAGCCAGCACAACUCUUGGCUGCCAUACAGCGGGAACACGAGAAACAACAGCUGGUGGCAGUUGCCAGGAAUGAGGCUUGGGAGGAGCAAAGCUUGGAGGCGACACUUGAGUUUCGACGACAACUACCCGUCUAUGGCAUUGACAUGUUGCUGCUCCACACGGCUAGACAAGUGGACCUAGACAGUUGCGGCGUUUAUGCCACAUUACUGUUGAAGCUGCACAAUAGCCAUCUAUUGCUGCACAGCAGCCACUGGCAAAUACUUGUCUAUCACGAGCAUGAAGCGCAUGUGCAUCGUGUUCCCACAGAUUUACUUAUAAGCCGCAAGUGUCGAAUCAUUAUACCUCUUAAAAGAAUUCAUAACACGCAGCUGCCUGUAUUUACGCUUAAAUUGGUCGCCUUCCUAGAGUUCAAAACCCAAAUUAAUGCUGUCCUGCUGCCAGUUGAAGUAAAAGAAACCAGCGAAACAUAUCGCGCACUUUUUAAUGGACAUCUUUACUCAUUAAAUUUGUUUAGUAAACCGCAAGCAAUUGAUUUGUUGCGAUCUGCUGAUAAGAAAGCUAAACCCAUAAUCAAACAGAAAAUUAAACCAUUUAGUAAUAUGAACUUGCAACAAAUAGCUAGCUUAUGUAAUGCCAGUGAUAAAAGUCACGAUAAUAAUCUGGACUUAUAUUUUGUCGAUAGCAAGCUUAGUUUGACAAGCAGUCAAGAAGAGAAUAAUGUGGCCUUACUGCUAGAAAGUGAUGAUGCUUCGGCUUUAUAUCAUUUCAAACAACAUUUGUAUUUAAAUCUAGAACCGGAAGAUGAGGACUUAACUCCCAUUGAAGAUAUUCAAUUAAAAGUUAUGAAACUGCAACAUGACAUUGAACGGUUAUAUAGCUCUCAAAAUGCCGAAGAUUUUGAGGAAAAUACACAAAUACAUUUGGAAGCAUUGCUUUUAAAAUAUAAAACACUCCGAAAUACAAUAUUUUAA